GGAGUUUUUAGCACCACGUGGCAUGUUAUUUAAGAGUUUAGAUUAUAUACUUACCCAAAUGAAACCAAUUUGUUCAAUCAAAUAAAUAAACUAAUAAGUUAUGUAUUUUAGACGUUCGAAACAAUGUCAUCUUUCGUGCGACACAACCUUCAAAUAUUAUUCUUGAAGUGGGUUAACUGAUAACUAAGAAGCACAACACUAAAUUCUUGGCAGGUCGUAAAUACCCAACGAACUUAAGCAACCCAUUAAAUGAAAUUAUGCUGUGACCCCGAUAAAUCACUCAUAUUUCACCUUGCCUACAUUCAUUUGGCACUAUACUAACUGCCAGUUAGACAUAAUUCAUGAUUAUCGGUACCACCAACCAGCUUUAUAAAGCCACAGAUCCGUGAAUUUGCAAGCAGUUGACUAAAAGUAGUCAUGGCAAUCAUUGUAUUGGCAGUAAUUUUGGUAUUGUCUCAGGGGAUCCAAAGCCAGGAUAAUAUAUCCUUGGAUCCACUAGAGAAGCUUAACGAUGUCGUUACUUCUCGUCUAAAAGAGCGCCUUGAAGCAGCCACACCUGCUGAUUUUCCUGGCCAAUAUAAAAGACUUCAACAAGCUGCUGAUCUUCCGCUUUUCCAACUGGAUGAAAAAAUAAUGGCAUAUAAUGAGCUCAAUCUUCUCCAGCGGGCGGACAUCUCCUCGGGUUCAACUAGCGAGCCAGUGAUCCGGAAUGGAACCUCUUCCGAGGAUGGACCAGCAUUGCGACAGGGUACAUACACCCAGAUCGAAAAGCAAAUCCUUAGACUCCUUAGGAGGCUUGGCAUCUACGAUAGGUUCACUGUUCGCGUAUUCAAGGCAAUCUUCAGCGAUGAAGAGCAGCUAAAAAAGCUUAAAAAGAAGCUGGACGAGUUGGGAAAGAAGGAUAAGGACACGGACAAGGAUAACGACAAGGAUUUAUUGUGGGCCCAUAUCAUCGAUUUGUUUUGAUCCUUGUACAUCUAUGUAUUUCCAUUCUAUGGCCUAAAUAAAGAAUAAUAUUG